ACAGCCGGAGCCUGUGGUGGCAGGGCCGCUUUGGGGCGCCAUCGGAUGUGUUUUCGGGAUCCCUGCCGCACACGGUGACCCAGGCCGCGACUCCCUCGGCGUCGGCCGCUCACCCGGCGUGGGGGGUGAGGGUGGGCCGUGUCCCGGCGUGGGAGCUCAGGCCCGCGCGGCCGUCGGGGAUGGAGGUGCUGGACGAGUUCGACAGCGAGUUCCCGCAGCGAGUGACCUUCUGCCGGCUCAUCUCCAGGGAGGCCUUCGAGCGGCAGGCGGCCACCUACACGGGCCGCUCGCUGCGCCGCCUGUUCCGCAGCAUCGACCGCAACCCAGCGCUGGCUGAGAAGGUGGUGCGCCAGGGCAAGCAGGCCGAGUGCGAGCGGCGCGGGCUCCUGUCCUUCCUCUGGGCGAAGUUCUUCAGUGCGGUCCAGGGGGAACUGAACUAUUGCAACAGCAUGGGCGCGCGGGAGAUGCACCAGCGCCUGGAGCGGCUCAAGAGGAGCAUCUACCGUGUGCACCUCUACUCCCAGGACUCCAAGAAGAAAAAAACACCAAAGCCCAAGAAACAAGAGCUCAUCCUUUUGAGGGACCAGUCCACCUCUCCAUGCCUUCCAUCAGCUCUCCUGCCAUCGCCACCUCUGUCACCACCUACUGCCACCAUGGCCUCUGUGCUGACCCCAUCACCUCCUGUCUACACUAUGCCUAGGGUCUUUGGCCCCUUCCCUCCGCUGCCCAGCAAGUCGAUAGAGAAUUUGGACGUUUCAAGGUCUGAUGUCAAAUUAAACUGGACUGGCUUGUCAUCAAACCCAAAGAGUCACAUGGUUGAUCUGACUCCCUUGGUCCUCAAUCCCGGAGGCUUCCAUUUUUCAUACCUGUCUGAAAAUAGUACACACACACUCCAUUGCCCUGGCUUCCCCUGGACCUCAGCCUGUAGUGGCUCCUCCAACACUGAGGAGAUGCCAUCCCCUCCUGUGAAGGCCUCCAUCUUCACCCCUCCUGUCCUGUUCAAGUUCCAGCCUGUAUCCAGAUCCAAAGAUGACUCAGAGAAUGACCUUGACAGCGCAAAAUCUGUGCACAACGAGAAGAACCCAUAACUUCUGCACUACAGACCACAGCUUGAGAAGUGAAUAAAGUUUCCAUGGAGGUGC